AUUGUCCAAAAAGUAUCCUUUUCCCCUAAUAAUCUAUAAAUAAAUGGUGAAAUGAUGAAAUGAGUAUUUUAUAUGCCUCAUUUCGCCAUUUAUUAUAUGAAUAUUUAUUCAGACAAACUAUUUAGGCAGAAAGUCAAACCAAACAUUUUUAGAAAUCCAAUAUUGAAAACACGUGACCUACUUUAAAUUAAAAGAAAAACCAUCUACUUCAGUUUGUUAUAAGAAACGGAACGAUAAGUUAUAUAAUCACAGACACAAGAAUGACUCAUUAAAACACUAUAGCAAGUAUUAAAUAAAGGAAAAUGUUUACGUAUGCGGAAGUAAUGCCUCACAACUGAAAUAAUUCCAUACACCUUAAGUGUCUUGAAAACUAGAUAUUAUCGGAAGCAUGAUAUUUUGAACACAUACAAGUGGCGGCGUUCCAAAUGUGAUGCUGACAAAAAGAGAUAUAAAUCCGAUCAUACUACCUUCACACCUAAUGCAAGGUCAUGUUAGCGUCUACAGUGUUUCAACUUUCGAGACUGAUAAAUGAUAUUGACACUUACUGCCUGGAAACUGAAAUCGAGUAGCUUGAGGAGUCAGAAUGAAAGCCGCUGUGAUUACUUUAAGCGGGCUAAUCGCGGUGAACGUGGUUUAUUGUGAUAUGGAAAAUGCACGACAAAGAUUCAGACAGGGCUAUGAAACAUGCGCCCGAAAGAUGGGUGUACCAAGUAAUGAGGCACGAAUCGACACGGUGCUAUGCGCGGCGGUUGAAAGCGGUGAGAUUCUGUUUUCAAAUGGUGCAUACAGUCCGGAAAGAGCUUUAGGAAUAAUUGAAGCGAUGAUUUCUGACCCAGUUAAAUUACAACAAGCGUAUGAUAUAUACUUCAAAUGUGACAGAGAAGCGGUUCAAGCAGGAGCUGUGGGCAUUGGGAAGUCUAUGCGAUUUCUACUGUGCGGUUCAUCGCUUAUAUCACUUUUCCUUGAUUCGUAAUAAUGCGUAUCUUUUAUAAUAAAACAUUAAAAAUAAAAAAUGAAAGUUAAAAUUGGAGAAUAGAUUACUUUCAGUAAGAUAUCUUACAUAAAACGUUCCUUUGUAUAUAUUCGAACAAAUUUUCGAUGUAGCUCUUCUCUCUUGACUUCUUUAUUGAAUUAUAUCAACGUAUCAACUAAUCAAUCAAUAAAAUACAACCUAAACCUGAAGAAACGUU